CUCUACAAUCCCGUGGUACUUGAGAUUUGUCCAAGGCUUUCUGAAAAUUCCAAGCAUAUAACUCUUUGAUCAUCCAUGUCUACACUGACAUUCAAAAAAGCAAAAAGAAUACUGAUUUAUCUUAGAAGCAUCUGCCAUUGAGUUUUAAAGGAAAAUGGAAAGUGUGAGUGAACUUCAGAAUCCACUGUUGUCCAAGAACAAUGGACACCUUCAUGGUAGCUGUACUUAUCACCAGGAUUACCAUGGUCAUCGUUGUCAUGGCAAAUUAUAUUCCUAUAUCUUCCAAAAUUCAGGUAAUGCAAGGACACACCAGUUGUUGGAUGCCAGUUCUCUUCAACUAGCUGUUGAAGCGCUGUAUGGUCCAAAUUUCAUUCUGGUGAAGGAUGAAAGCAGUGUCAAAGUCAAGGACAACAAAGGUGACAAUUGUGAGACAACCUUCAUGGAAAACAAAGACACAUCUGCUGAUGUUUCUGAUGAGCAAGAAACACAGGGAAGAUCUCUAAUGGAAAAUGAUAUCAAAAUCCAGACAGUAUCUUAUGAAGUAGAGGAAGAGGAAUUGCAGGAAUAUGAGAGUGACUCUUCAAGUGAUAGCGAGAGUGAAGAUAAUUUUCUGAUGCUUCCUCCACGAGACCACCUAGGCUUAGCCAUUUUCUCAAUGCUCUGCUGUUUUUGGCCCCUGGGAAUUGCUGCCUUCUGUUUUUCUCAAGGGACAAGUAAGGCCAUCUCCAAGGGGGACUUUCACCAGGCAAGCUCAGCUUCUCGACGAGCACUCUUCCUUGCUGCACUAUCAAUUACCAUCGGCACAGGGGUAUAUGUUGGAGUGAUUGUAACACUGAUUGCUUACCUUUCUAAAGGUGGGCAUGUAUAAUAAAGACUGUUACAUAAAAUGCCCGUCAUUCUUCCCCAAUGGAUAAACCUCCUGGAUUAAGUGCUUUAAAUGCCAUAAAGGACAACAUGCUUACAAAGACUGAAAAGGAGCUUCCCCCCCCCCCACACACACACAUUCAAAUGAAUUGUAUAGACUUUUUUUUGAAUGAACACUGACCUACUUUGCAUUAUAGCCUGACAAGCUAUUUUUAAAAAAAACACCUUCAUGCAAAAAUGAGUGCAUGCUUGAACAGCCUGGAUUUUGAGACUGCCGAGAACAAAAGAGGAAAAUGGGAUUUUUUUAAAAAAAAAAGUCUUCAGCUUGUUCUCAGACCAAUUUACUUGUGAGCUAAAUCUGCCAUUUGUGAGGUUCAAUUUCCUAUUGGGACUAAGCCCCGGUCUUGUUCAGAGCACACGGUAAAAGAGAAGAAAAUGGGGGAAUGUUCAUUGAAAAACUUUCAUUAGGGUAUUUGUCAAGAUGUUUCUAUUUUGAGCCAGAAAGUCUAGCUACAAGAUCAAUUCAUCUGUGAGUACCAUACAAAGCCAGCUUUCCCCAUAGCUCUCUUUCAGAGCCAUUCUCAUACAGUUUGCCUCUCCACCUAGAGUUCUCUUCUAUGUCAGAUUUUCCCUACAGUGUCAUCUCAUUCAUCUUUGAAGAAUCAUAUUCAGCUGUCACUUCAGUUAUAACAUAACACCUGCUUUAAAGAAGAGGCAGAAAAAGUAUGUAAUUAUAGUCAUUCUAAUUGAACAGCUUUGGGGAAAUCCUCUGGGCCUUCUAUUUUUUAAUUAUGUUUUAGGAUGCAUACUACAGUAUCAAAUAGAAUGAAUUAAUAUUAUUUCAGGUUUUAUUAUGACAUGCAAAACCCAUCAAGAGAUAAUGCAGCAUGAUUACUUUUUAUCAUAUAUAAAAAUUCUAUUCUGUGUGACAUCAUAUGGAAUCAACAGGUAGUUCUUGCUUAACUAUAAUAAUUGGGACCAGCAACGCCAUCACUAAGCAAUACAAUUGUUAAGCACAAUGUCACUUCGCCAUGCUGGCAGUUAUGGCAGUUCCAGUUGCUGUUGUUAAAUGAUUCCUGCGUGGUCAUUAAGCAUGACAUCACAUGAUUACCAUUUGUGACUUUCUGCUGGCUUCUUUGCUUGUCGAAUGCUGGCACUGAAUGUCACAAAUAGUGACUUGAACAGAGGAAACUGUGACUAUUAUAGUUGCAAACCAGCCAUCAAGCAUCCAAAUUAUGAUCAUGUGACUGCUGGGACAGUGGCAACUACAAGGACCGAGUCAAAAGUCUCCCCAUUUGCAGCACUAUUAUAACAAUUGCUAAACAAGUGAUUGUUAAAUAAGAAACACCUGUAUUAAAAUUUCCCACAGGUCAGAUCAAUUAUUGGGAUUAGUCCAGUUAAAAAUGGUUCUAAAACCACCAGUAACAUUUCUACAUAAAAUGGCAACCUUUUAGUGUCUAGUGUUGUACAGACACAUACAUAAUUAAAUUGCAUACAGAUUUUUGCUAUUUCAGUUUUUAUAAGUCCAGAUAUUUAUUUCUAUGGCUAUUGCAGACACUCAGCCUAAAUCAAAUCAAAUAUGGGUAAUAUUGCAGUGAUCUCUUCACACCUAAGAACAAUCAUCAAGUUUUGUUAUUUCUUCAUUUUGAGAUUUUUAGGAUUCUAUUGGGUCCGCCGUAUGGUAAGUAUGCAUACAUUUGUUAGUGAGAUAAUUCAGUAUUGGAAGGCUCAGUACAUUGCAUCCAGUUAAAUAUAAUGUCAUUUUUAUUGUGUCUUAAAUCUCCAUUCUGAAUCUCUCAUUGCCCUUAGCCUUGGACUGAAAGAAAAUAAUACCAUGGAAAUAACUUGAAAGCUGAUUAAAAAAAAAAACUUUUCCUGCUCACCACUAGCAAUGCGCCAGUAAUACAUAGUAUGCUUCUGGGUGCCAUAGAAGGUGCUAGGAUUACUAUAUUAAAAUCUAUUCCCAUAUAAUCCAUGAUGCUUCUGUAGCCUCAUGGUAAGAAGUUGAGUGUGUCAUAGUUAAAUCAUGGUCAUCUAUAUUAGGCAGAAUGACUUUCUCUAAAUCAGCUUGCUCUUCACGCAGGAUUUAUUUUAAUAGCAGCCCACCUAUGCUUUAAUCUUCAGACCUCUUGAAAAUAUUAUAAGCCUUUUCUAUUCAUGCAAUCACUGGAUAGUAAAAGAUGUGUACAGUGCAUUUUUUUAAAAAAAGAAUGUGUGUUCUCCUUUUUUAUUAUUGAUAAUUCAACUAUUAAAUGUUUUAAUGUGCUUGGAAACUGCCCCAAUUUCUUAGAGAUGGAUAGUGUAACAAUUGUAACAUAAAAGUAAGUAUGUAAGCUUCCAUCAUCAAAGCAGAUAGUAAACAACAAACUGGAUUCUGAACUGAGAAACAAUGUGCAAAAAAUAACAUGUUCCUUUAGGGGUAAUAAUUAAUUCAAGCUAUAUAUUUUUCCCCAACCUAUGUUGUUUCAUUGUGAAGUACAUUUCUAAGUAUGUCCACAAAACACAAGUGUUUAAUUUUACUUAUCCUUCUGAAACCAAGAACUCUCAUUUCCUGGGGCAGAAAAUUUAAUUCUGCCUUUCCCUCCUUGAGGGUGUUAUUAGUUACUGAAGUAUAGAAGAUAACUGUCGGCUUAAAUUUGGGAAGAUCAGAUGUACAGUAUAAGAAAUGUGCAAAAUCAGUAAGAAAUAGUUGCUUUUAUUUCAGGGAUAUAUCUUUGAUUAUGUUUCCUCCCAAAACUUACACAGUAGAUGUAUUUUGUUUGUUAACUCACUCAAAGGAUGAUAAUUAAGAACACUGAUGUUUUUCUUAUGCUUCUAGUGAGUCUUUUAGACAAUUCAGGGAAAUGAACACACUAAUAAAUAAGUGCUAAGGGCUGCCAUAGAGAUUUAAUUUUGAAUAGUGGUUCAACACUCCCAUCUAUAUGAAAUUUGGAAGUGCUGGCAUCAGCUAGAAAAUAAUUGAAUGAUGUCCCAAAGAUAAAAGGACUCUAAACAUUGCUAGGUCAGGAGAAAGAUGUUCAGGGACUGGGGAGAUGAAAAAAAUAAAAAUUGGGAAUAGUCAAGAACAAAAAUGAAUGGGAAGAAAAGACAACUGGAAAUAAAGUAGUGGCCAUAACAGUAGUAAUCGUUAAAACUUGUGAUAAAAUGUCACCAAUGAUAGAUCCUUUAAUUACCUUUAGUCCACAACAGGCUUAUCCAACCUGGUGUCUUUGUUUAAAUGACAAUUUGGGAAAGCUGGUUGUUGUCCAAUAUAUCUGAGGGCACUACAUUGGAGAAGGCUGGUUUGUAAACAUGGCCCUUGGGUCCAUUCUUAUACAGUAAAAUAUUCUAUGAAUUAAGCCACAAAUUGAAAUAUUGUAGAGAAAUUUUCUAGUUAUGCUUUCACCAAAAACUUGGAACAUUGCCUUUUAUUUUGUUCUCCUCCACAUCCAUCUCCAAGUUUCACUUUGGAGAUUUUCAUACAUCUCAUUCUUUUCCCCCAGUUCCCCUCAUUUGCACCUGGAGGUAAGACUGGAAUUCUUCUGUCACGGAUCCUUCUGCACGUUGCAGUUUUUCUGUAAAAGGCUCAGCAUGUUCUGUAUAGUUGAGAUAUAUGUUUUAUUACCAAGUGGCAUGUUAAUGUCUGACAUUUCUAUUGUACUUGAGCCAUAAUGGAAAGAAGCACAUAAGAAAAGAAACCUGUUCAAAAGAAACCUUUGAAGUGGCCCAUUUUGUUUUAUAUCAUUCAACUUUAUUUAUUUAGCAUAUGGUGAUGCUACAUUAGUCAGGACAUUACAGUGUUAAUACAAAAUAGUUGUUUGGCUGCCUAAAAUUGCUAGUCUGUUCGAUUCACACUCACCUGCUAUCCAGAGUGCACCACAGGGGGCAAACUAACUCCACACUCAAAAUGGCCUACAGCAUUCCUCCUGGGCUUUUUCCUUCCACCAAUGUCUCCUAAUAUUUGGGCUCACAUUCGGUCAGGUCCAGCACCAGUUGGAUUUGUACUUCCACAUGAAGUACCAUUAUUUAGGCGAUAUAGUUUACUUGGACUUCAAUAAGGCAUUUGAUAAGGUAGACCAUAACCUACUACUAGAUAAA